AUGGCACUGACCCGGUGCGGCUGGCUCCUCCUCAGCGCGUCGAUUGGUGACUAUAACACACAGAAAACCCUCCAGGUCCCACGAAAUCCCGAGGUCCCACGGGACCUUACGUGCAAGGCCUUAUGUAGAUCUUUGGCACAGCCCACUGAUUUGACCCUUGGAACACCCCCUGCCCUCCCCAGACUGAGACCCUGCACCUGGCUAACAUGUAUUGAGAACUUACUGUAUACCAGGAACACGUAUGCCAGGGGCCCACGUAUUCCCCUCCACCAGUGGGGGCAGCAGUCAGGCCCUACUCAUCCCACCCACUCUGGCUCCUUGUCCUCAGCCACGUUCCUGAGCGCAGGGGCCGAGAUCUCCAUCACCCCCCAGCCCGCCAAGCCCGCCGAGGGCGACAACGUCACCCUGGCUGUCCAGGGGCUCGCGGGGGAGCUGCUUGCUUACAACUGGUACGCGGGGCCCACGCUCAGCCUGACUUACCUGGUGGUCAGCUACAUCGUCAGCACGGGUGACGAGACCCCCGGCCCGGCCCACUCGGGACGGGAGGCUGUGCGCCCCGACGGCAGCCUGGACAUCUGGGGCGUCGUGCCCGGGCACUCGGGCACCUACAUCCUGCAGACUCUCAACAGGCAGUUCCAGACGGAGGUGGGCUACGGACACCUGCAGGUCUAUGAGAUCCUGACCCAGCCUGUGGUCAUGGCCAAUGACACGGCGCUGGUGGAGCGACGGGACACUCUGCGCCUGACGUGCAGCAGCCCCAGCCCCGCCGAGGUCCGCUGGUUCUUCAACGGCAAUGCACUGCCCAUCGCCGUGCGCCUCGGCCUGUCCCCCGACGGCCGGGUGCUGACCCGGCACGGCAUCCGUAGGGAAGAGGCCGGAGCCUACCAGUGUGAGGUCUGGAACCCGGUCAGUGUCAGCCGCAGCGAGCCCGUCAACCUGACGGUGUACUUUGGCCCAGAACGCGUGGCCAUCCUCCAGGAUUCCACCACCCGCACGGGCUGCACCAUCAAAGUGGACUUCAACACGUCCCUCACCCUAUGGUGCGCGUCCCGCUCCUGCCCGGAGCCCGAGUACAUGUGGGCCUUCAACGGGCGGGCCCUAAAGAACGGGCAAGACCACCUAAACAUCAGCAGCAUGACGGCGGCCCAGGAGGGCACGUACACGUGUAUUGCUAAGAACCCCAAGACCCUGCUUUCUGGGUCCGCCUCAGUGGUGGUCAAGCUCUCUGCGGCAGCUGUGGCCAUGACCAUCGUGCCCGUGCCUGCCAGGCCAAUGGAGGGCCAGGACGUGACACUGACCGUCCUGGGCUACCCCAAGGAUCUGCUGGUCUAUGCCUGGUACCGCGGGCCCGCCUCCGAGCCCAACCGGCUGCUGAGCCAGCUGCCAUCGGGGACCUGGAUUGCAGGCCCGGCACACACAGGCCGGGAGGCGGGCUUCCCCAACUGCUCGCUGCUGGUGCAGAAGCUGAAUGUCACCGACGCCGGCCGCUACACUCUCAAGACGGUCACCCUGCAGGGAAAGACCGAGACGCUGGAAGUGGAGCUGCAGGUGGCCCGUGAGUAUGCAGGGGCCGGGGGCGUGCGCCUUGGUUCAGACAGGGGCUCCCCAAGGGGCUCUGCCUCCUCCCAGGAGACACAGAUCAAGGAUGGAUAUGCCUACCCAUCAGCCUUGCCUCCUCCAUCUGACUAGGGGGUCCCAAGAUGGGACCAUAUGGGGUCCACCAGACUGAACAUUUUAGACAAGGACACAUAGUGUGAGGGUAGGGCAUCCUUUUCCAUGCAGAUGGGUGGACCCUGAGACGCAGGAGAUUUCCCCCUGCUACCAUAUUGGGGGAAUGGGCUAACGAGGGGAGCUGACCUCCCCCAUCAGACUAGAGGUAUAGAGUGAGGGUGGAUCACUCCCCUCUCUUCACACUGUCAUCCCAGACAAUGGGGGUGCAUCCCAGUAAGAGUGAGGACAGAAUUUCUACCAUCAGAGGCUGUAAUUUCUCUCUCAAAUUGAAAUAGAGACAAUCUCCUCCAAUAGGAUGAAGGUUUCUAGGUGGUGGGAAUUGUGUCUCCUCCACCAGACUGGGAGCUCCCAGAGUCAGGGACCAUGUCUCCUCCACCAGAUUGGGAGCUCCCAGAGUCAGGGACCAUGUCUCCUCCACCAGACUGGGAACUCCCAGAGUCAGGGACCAUGUCUCCUCCAUCAGACUGGGAACUCCCAGAGUCAGGGACCAUGUCUCCUCCAUCAGACUGGGAGCUCCCAGAGUCAGGGACCAUGUCUCCUCCACCAGACUGGGAGCUCCCAGAGUCAGGGACCAUGUCUCCUCCAUCAGACUGGGAGCUCCCAGAG